CUCUAAAAGAAGUGAAAAAGAGUUAAAAAUGAAUAACAGAGAAGUGUCAGGGAUCGGCCUUCGCCCAGACUCUUCGAAAAUUAAAUUUAUGUACGUAUAAGGGCAAAGCAAGCCCCUCACGAACAACAGAAACCUGGAAUAACAAAGUAAACAAAUGUUGAAUUGGAGAGAGAGAAAGGAAGAUAUGAAAGGUGCAAAGCGAUUGCACCAACGUCCCCUUGUACUGCUCUUGGUGUCGUCGGCAUUAGUAUUCUUGUUUGGCAUUCUUGCUGCUCAGUACUUCCUUUUCUCUGGUAUCCAGAAUUACGAUGCCAACAAAAAGAAUGUCAAGACUCUCUAUAGCUUACAGAAGCAAGUUAAAAAAUGCGUGCAAAGAAAUGGUCUUGGGCUUAUGGCGCAUAUAGUAGAUCACUGCAAGCUUGUCCUUGCAUACCCUAAAGGGACAAAUAGUACCUGGUAUAAUGAACAGUUUAAAUUUUAUGAACCAUUGGAGUACCCAUUUGAUAUUUGUGAGACCAUAUUGCUCUGGGAACAAUAUCGCAACAUGACUACAAUAUUGACAAGGGAGUAUCUGGAUGCUCGACCUGAUGGAUGGAUGGAUUAUGCAGCAAAGCGGAUUGCCCAAUUAGGCAUGGAUAAAUGCUACAAUCGAACUCUUUGUGAGGAUUACCUGAGCAUGGUUUUACCAUCUACUGCACCAUUUCAUCCACGUCAGUUUAAGACGUGUGCAGUUGUAGGGAACUCAGGAGAUUUGCUAAAGAAUGAGUUUGGUCCAGAAAUAGACAGUCAUGAUGUAGUGAUUCGAGAUAAUGAAGCUCCAGUGAAUGAGAAGUAUGCCAAGUAUGUGGGGAUGAAAAGAAACUUCCGUUUGAUGGCAAGGGGAGUAGCAAGAAACAUGAUCAAAGUUGCUAAUGGAUCUGAUGAUGAGGUGCUGAUUAUUAAAAGUUUGAUCCAUAAAGACUUCAUUGCUAUGAUCAAGGAGCUUCCUAAUCCAGUUUAUCUUUUCCAAGGCGUGGUACUUCGAAGAGGUGCAAAAGGAACUGGAAUAAAGUCCAUAGAAUUGGCCCUUUCGAUGUGUGAUAUAGUGGAUAUGUAUGGGUUCACUGUUGAUCCAGGCUAUACAGAAUGGACACGCUAUUUUUCUAGUCCACGAAAAGGACAUAAUCCAUUGCAGGGACGGGCCUAUUACCAGCUUCUUGAAUGCCUCGGGGUUAUCAGAAUCCAUUCUCCAAUGCGAGAACAGAGGAAACAAGAUUGGUCAGUGAUUCCUAGUCGAGCAAUGAUAAACAGGGCACUUAUUGCCGCAAUGAGGUUAAGUGGGUUCCAAAAUGAACACCCGGAUAGUGUUGGACCAUUUAGUUCAUGCAAAGUUUGGGCAACUGCGUCUUCUAAAAAUGCUCCCAUCUCAGGGUCACCAAACAUGAGUCUUGUACGUAGGAGCUCCAACUACAGCAAAUGGGAGUUACUAAAUUUCAGGGAUUUGCGUGAUGAAGCACGUGCACACUACAGAACUAUGAAAGGUGUUACAAUAUACAAGCUAGAUGGAAACAAACUGAAUGAUCUUGUGUGUGUUAAGCAUCCAUUGGAAUCAGAGGCAUAAUUUGAUGCAUGCUGGGUAGAAUUGCUGCUGUUGGAGUUAUCUUAAUUGCCACGUUGAAUCCAAAAUGGACUGGGUCAAAUUUGUCAAAGUAUAUUAUUAUGCUUAUGCAUAAUUUGCAUUCAAUGCCAAGAAUUAUAUAGACUUCAGUUAUUAAUGGGACAGUCUAGAUCAUGAAUGAUUGUGGCAAGACUUGAUAGAUACCUUGUGAAAAAGUGCAAUGUAAACUCUUUAGGGUGUCCUGGUUGAUCUGAUGGUCAAUUGGCAUCAGUGAAUAGGGAUCUCUGGCAGUCAUUUAUCCCCCGGUUGGAGAUGAUUAUUGUAAUUAGUAGCAAUUCAAGUUUCCUUAGCAUGCCUGUGUAGCAAUCGAAUCAAUUACUGUUUCAAUCUCCAUGGUGUAGAGAGUUUGUGAGUUGUAUGUACUUCGAUUUUGCUUCUUGGCAAUGCCAUCUAAAGCAAAGGUAUUGCCAACUUUAUAUUUGAAUCAUUUUAUUUGUGAUUCUCUGCCCACUUAAUCUGUAAAAAGAUAUUCCAUUAUUCAAACUAUUUAAUUGUGUUUUUGCCACCAUUGCAACAAUAGCCAACAAUAAAAUUAGCAUGUAACAGACAUUGGCUGUGUCUCUGCCAGAAUUACUGCAAGAGCCAGCAGUCAAAUCAGCAUGGAACAGAGAAUAUUAGUUUAGAUGAAGACAUGCACUUUCAGAUUAAUGAACACCAUUUGUUUAUGUUCUUCCAAUUUGAAUCUUUUUUUCCAGAA